AUGAAAUUAAUUUUAACAUUUGUGGUCCUUUGCUAUUUGGCCAUUUGCUCCUGUUGGCCAGUUAAUGAUGAUGGAUAUAAAAAUACUCUGGAAGCUAUUGAUGGUGCCAUUCGUGGUGAUACAGACAACGUUGAACAUUUGCGUUUAGCCCGCCAGUAUUUUGGUGGUUUUGGCUUCCCAGGAGGUUAUGGCGGUUAUGGUGGUUUCCCAUAUGGUGGUGGCGGUGGAUUUAGUAAUUCUCAAGCCUCUGCAUCUGCAUCAUCUCAAGGUGGCGGCUUUGGUUAUUACGGUUGA